AUGUGCGAAAUCUCUUCUGCACCUUGUCAGGAUUUUCAACACAGAGCGUCCGAGGAAGAGCUGGAUAGCUGGACUUGGUGCGACACACAAAAUCCUGUCUGGAAGAGUAAAGAGUUGAAUACAUUUGAUGUCGCGGAUGAUGUCGACUGUGAGGUCGUGGGAGGACUUGCGCAGCUUGAUCACAGUGAACGAACAGACACAGGACAAUUCUCAUGGCAUGCGCAAGCACAGAAACACGGCACAAUGCGCGACACCGCCCUCCAGCCUCACGCGCGCUAUUCCAUCUUUGGGCAGCAAUACCCAUAUCUCGAGGUGUUUUCCAUGGUUCACUCGCGCUGA